CUCUCCACUCGCCGCCGCCGGAGAGGCCGGUGACCUCUUGGCCGCCCCGCCUCGGAGAUUCAGAUGGCUCAGGCGAAGAUCAACGCGAAAGCCAACGAGGGGCGCUUCUGCCGCUCCUCCUCCAUGGCCGACCGCUCCAGCCGCCUGCUGGAGAGCCUGGACCAGCUGGAGCUCAGGGUGGAGGCUUUGAGAGAAGCGGCAACUGCUGUGGAGCAAGAGAAAGAAAUCCUCCUGGAGAUGAUCCACAGCAUCCAGAAUAGCCAGGACAUGAGGCAGAUCAGCGAUGGAGAAAGAGAAGAAUUAAAUCUGACGGCAAACCGUUUGAUGGGAAGAACGCUCACCGUUGAAGUUUCAGUAGAAACUAUUAGAAAUCCCCAGCAGCAAGAAUCCUUAAAGCAUGCCACCAGGAUUAUUGAUGAGGUGGUCAGUAAGUUUCUGGAUGAUUUGGGAAACGCCAAGAGUCACUUGAUGUCACUGUACAGUGCUUGUUCAUCUGAGGUGCCAUCUGGGCCUGUUGACCAGAAGUUUCAGUCCAUAGUGAUUGGCUGUGCUCUUGAAGAUCAGAAGAAAAUUAAGAGAAGAUUAGAGACUCUGCUUAGAAAUAUUGAAAACUCUGACAAGGCCAUCAAGCUGUUAGAGCAUUCUAAAGGAGCUGGUUCCAAAACUCUGCAACAAAAUGCUGAAGGCAAAUUUAAUUAGUUUUGAAACAGAAGAGCACUUACAAAUAAUGACGUAAAAAUGGUUAAAUACUAGUUCUUUAUGUUAGGCAUAACAUUUGAUACUGAUUAUUUCAGAUGAGGAAAAUAUCCCAGUGUCAUCAGUUUUGUGAUUAACAUAAUUAAAACUAGAAGUAUUUUAAUUAUCUUUCUAGAAAUUUUUAGAUUGAAUUCUUGUCUUGUAUUAGGAUCUAGCACCUAAUAUAUAUUUUUUUUACUAUUCUGUGGUUGAAUACUUAGUAUGUAGGAGAGAGUUAGUGCUCAGCCUGGGGCAAAAGCAUUAUUUUCCUUCCUGGGCUUUAUCUGGCGUGGAGAUACUUGGGCACAUGGGGCAUUUGGUUGACUAGAAAUUCUUUACUUAAUCAGCACACACACUUACUACACAUCUACUGUUAACUAAGAAGUGUGCUUAAAAGGGAUCCCAAAAUAAGAAGCUUUCCCUCCAUCUUUUUCAUAAAGCACCUUUUUUGGACAUCUGAAUCAAUUUUGACUUAAGAUUUAUGCAUCUGAUAAUAUGAAUAUAUUUCUUCCUGUGUGUGAAAACAUGGCAUAAAGUGUGAGAGAAUUCACCUGAUUUUACCACUGUGAACAACUAUAUGUCCACUUCAUCUUUUUCCAAAUGCAUCAUUUCUCUCAAUUUGUACUCAUUAUUGAAAUAUUGCAGUAUUGUAACUUGCCUUUUUUUAAAAAAAAAUGCUGCUAUAAAGUCUGCUAAUUGUCAACUUUAAAACCUCUAUUCUGUAUAGUUGUAUAAUUUACUUAGCCAUUCCCCUAACUAGGCAUUUAGGUUGUUUCCAGGUUGUUUCUUAUUCCUGUAACAUAUUUAUAUACAGAGAGCUUUUUCCUUUUUUCUUUGUUUUUGAUUUUCUUUGUAUAAGUUCCCAGCAGUGAGAUUUACCAGGUCAAAGGGUAUAUACAUUUUCAUGACCUGACAUAUUUCCAAAUUUUUUGGUAUAAGAGUUACAUCAAUUUAUACUGUCUUCAGUAAUU